AUGACGCGGAAAAUUCAAUUUCAAGUUGUUCAUUCAACAAGUGCUGAUGAGCAACAUGCGGCGACUGAAUUACAUCAUCAUGGGCCAUAUGUAAAUGGUUGGCAAAGUAGCCGACUAUGUUCAUAUCCACAAGAGCUUGUUCUUAAAUUUGAAAAUUACAUGCGUUUAAAACGCGUUCAAUUACUUUCACAUCAAUAUCUAAUUGCAUCAAAAAUUGAAUUUCUAAUCGGGGAUAGUCCAUCGGAGGAAAAUGUUAAAUAUGAAAAUGCUCGUUAUACUCGUUUGGGCUACAUUGAAUUAUCGAGUAAUGACCGAACAAAUUUCAAGUCCCGUGAACUGAAAUCAAUACGUGUAGAUGCUAAUGGUUUGUUCUUGAAAUUAAUUAUACAUAAAAAUUAUACAAAUCGAUAUAAUACACAUAAUCAAGUUAGUAUUAUUGCAAUUAAUCUGCUCGGCAUUGACAGUGAUAAGUCACUUGAAAACCAUGACGACCAAUUUGAUCCGAAUUCUAACCGAUCGGAUCAAAUAUCCAUAGUUGAUGAUCUAGCAUUUGCAAUGUAUCAAGAUCCUGAAAUAGCUGCGAUUAUUAAAAAUUUAGAAAGAAAAAAGCAACAGCAUGUUCAUGAUGAAAAUUUUGAUCAAGCUCGAAAAUUUAAACAAGCAAUACAAGAACUGAUUAAUAUCGGCGAACGACUUGCUCGAUAUGAGGUCGAAAAGCGACAAGCUAUUGAAAACGAAGACUACGAUACGGCACAGUCUAAAAAAAAGAAAAUCGAACUUUAUCGUGAUGAAACAUAUAAACAACUGCAAGCACUCAAUUUACUUGAUAUUGUUAUUGAGGGUGGUGAAGGCACCGAAUUUUUAAAGCGUUUACAGGAAAUUGAUUAUAAUGAACAACGACAUGAUGAUAAUGAUCAAGAGCCUCCUGCUCGUCCAGCAAAACAACAAAAUCAUGCACGUACACUGAAUCCAGUUAAAACUCGUCGCUUAUCUGAAUCGACUAUGUCAUAUGGUGCACCAUCAACAGCUCCACUUGAAAUAACAACAUCACCAUUGCCACCCAUUGGAAAUGCCACGCCAAGAACGGGCGUUCCUGCUAACGGGAAUGUUUCUACUUCGCCAGAAUAUCAAAAACCAUCAACUCCAUAUGAAGAUAAAGUUAUCCCGACGCUACGUAAUCGAACUCGUGCAGACGCUGGACCACCACAAGCAGCAUCCGUAUCUAAUAAUGAUACUAGCCGAAAGACUAGUGAUGAAACCGAAAGUUUAUCAGGAAUAACAACUGCUGCAACAAGUAACGAUGAUGCAACAGCUGAAUUGAAUCAAGCUGAAAUGAUUGAAGCAAAUCAAAUGAUGAUUGUAUUUGAUAAAAACUUGAUUGGUAAACUUUAUCAUCGAAAUCAUCUACAACGUGAAGAAGCUUUGGGUGAAAUUUACCAAAUAUUAGAGAAGUUUUCUGGCGAUCCUGAAGAUGCUCGUGCCUAUUUACGUGCUGGUAGUUUUGUUGUCGCACGAAUGUUUCGUUUUGAUGUAUUUGCAACUUUUUCGCAUUCUCUCAAACUUUUUCACUUAUUAAUGAAUGAUUACGUUCGACGACAUGCAAUACAAAAACAAGAUAUUGUUGCAAGUUUAGAACGUGUUCUACCUGUUCUCUUACAACGUACAGGAGAUUCAAAUGCUCGUUUAAGACUACGAGCACAAGAAGCUAUUAUUGAAUCAGCAUCAUAUCCAGAGUUAAAACCGUUACAUCUUAUACCGCAUUAUUGUGUUUACCCAUUUAAUAAAACCUGUGCACCAAGAUUAGCAAUUAGUCGAUGUGAACUUAUUGAAGAAUUAAUGAAAAUUUUGGAUGUUAAAAAAGGUGAUAAUGGUUUAAAUGUUGAUAAUGUUAGUAAAUUUUGUGCGCAAGCAGUAGAACAUAAUGCUGGUGAAGUACGAGAAUUGGCUAUAAAAAUUUUACUCAAUUUAUACAAGAUUCAUGGAUCCAUUGUCAAACGAUAUCUUCCACAAGAAAAUGAUCAGACUCGACGAGUUAAAAAGUAUCGUGACAUGUUUGAUGCAUUCAAUCGAAUGGAUGGUCAAGUUGAAAAAACACCAAAUAAUAAUCUUCCAUUGGAUCGAGUAAAAAGGACAAGUGAACCAAUCGACCCGUUAAAACGUGACAUACCAAAACAGCAGCAUGCUCCUCGUGAACAAAGAAAAUCUUUUGAUGCUAAAAUUUCAUCAAAUAAAUCUCGAACACCAACACGAUUCGACCGGAAAACGCCAACAAUGAGUGUAGCUGAUGAAUCUGAUUUCACUCCAGAAAAUACAUGUAUAUUUUGUGGAGAAAAAAAUGAUGAAUUCAUUCGUGCUGGUCUUGAAACACAUUAUUGGGCUAGUUGCCCAAUGUUACGACGAUGUCAAGAAUGCAAUCAAGUAGUCGAAGUGGGAAUUUAUAUUGAACAUUUACUACGUGAAUGUCAAAAGAAGAGUAAAUAUCAACAAUGUUCUCGAUGUACAGAAGCGAUCGGAAAUGAUUUUGAUGCUCAUGUGAAACUUAAAGAAUGUGUAGAAACAAAACCAAAUACAAAUCGUUGUCCUUUAUGCCAUAUGAAUAUUCGCGAAGGUGAAAAGCCAUGGCGUGACCAUUUAAUGGGUGCUGAUGGUUGUGUAAAAAAUCCUCGGCGUCUUCAAGCAUUAAAAAAGAAUAAAAAUCCUCCUCAACAAAAAGCUGUUGUCGUUCCAACAUCGCAAGCCAAUGUUAUGAAAAAACAAAAAAAAGUAACAACAACUGUUAAAUAA